UCUAAUUAAUCUAGUAAAAAAAAAACCGGUCAAAACAAUAUGUCUAUAAGAGUUUGUCUAAUUAAUUUUUCUUUCUAAAAUGAAUAUUACUUUGUCAAAAAAAACAAAUAGAGUCAAAAGAAAAUGUCUAUAAGAGAUUGUCUAAUUAAUAUGACCUCGCACAAAAGUUAUCUAUAAAUUAUAAAUAUAAAUUUGACAGAAGUUUUAUCAUUCACGAUAACAAAGAAUAUCUAGCAUUUAAAGAUGGAUACAACAGAUAUGAAGAAAUUAGAAAUGGAAGAGGAAGAUGAAGAGGAAGAGAUUUUGGGAGGAAUAUUUGAAGUGGAGGGAAGUCAGAGCAACCCCACUAUUAAUAGUUUUGCUCGUUUUGCUGUUGAUCAACACAACAAAAAAGAGAAUGCAAUUGUGGAGUUUGUGAAGGUAGUAAAUGCAAAAAUUCAAGAUGUUGCUGGAGUGUUGUAUUACAUCACAUUGGAGGCCAAGGUUGGAGAGAAGGUGAAUGUCUAUGAAGCAAAGAUUUGGGAGCAGAGUUGGUUGGAUUUAAAGGAACUAACAGAGUUCAAGCUUGUUGGUGAUGCUCCUUCUGUUGACUCAGGCAAAAAAAUGGAUACAACAGAGACGAAGAAAUUAGAAAUGGAAGAGGAAGAGGAAGAGAUUUGUGGAGGAAUAAGUGAAGUGAAGGGAAGUCAGAGCGACCCCACUAUUAAUAGUUUGGCUCGUUUUGCUGUUGAUCAACACAGCAAAAAAGAGAAUGCAAUUGUGGAGUUUGUGAAGGUAGUAAAUGCAAAAAUUCAAGAUGUUGCUGGAGUGUUGUAUUACAUCACAUUGGAGGCCAAGGUUGGAGAGAAGGUGAAUGUCUAUGAAGCAAAGAUUUUGGAACAAGGUUGGAGAGAUUUAAAGGAACUAAUAGAGUUCAAGCUUGUUGGUGAUGCUCCUUCUGUUGACUCAGCCAAAAGCAAUUGUGAUAUGAGUCCAACUCAGGUAGAGACAACAUGUGCCAAUGUCAUAGAGGACCCAAAUGGAACUAGUGAAAUCAUGAGGCCACAAGACUUAAGCAAACGUGUGAGGAAAAAGCCCUUGUGGAUGAAUGAUUAUGUGUGUUAUAAAGGGAGUUUCUAAAAGAGGAUCAUCCUUGUUUGUAUGAGCCAUUUUCAUUCUUGCAUUUUUUGUUUUCUUAGAUCUAGCUAGUUUGGUAUAAGGUUGUUGACAACCAUCUCUUUAAUUAUACAUAUUGUG